AGGCACAGAUGACGAUGAUGAUGAUGACGAUGAUGAAGACACCCCCAAGAAAAAGACAAAGAAAAAGACGACAAAGGACAGCUCUCCAUCUGCAACUACUGCCAAAGAAAAGAAGUCUAAAUCUAAAGAGGACAAAGAUUCUGAUGGAAAAGAAAAAAAAGCCAAGUCAAAGGAAAAGGACAAGAAGAAAGAACCGGCUUCAAUGUUCCAGAUAAACGGAGAAAAAGACUCAAAAAGCAAAAAGAAAGCUGCAAAAUCAGACAGUGAUGACAGUGAAGAGGAGACAAAGUCGACCAAAUCAAAGAAGAAACCCCCCGCCGCCUCAGCAUCCUUGUUCCAAACAUCAGGAGACAAAGACAAGAAGACAAAGAAGAAAGCAAAAGCAGAAGAAAGUGACGAUUCUGACUCAGAAAAAGAAGAAAAAUCAAAGAAGAAAAAGGGGAAAGGGAAGAAGAAAAAAGAGAGAUCUCCAUCACCUCAGAUUGAGUUUGACAAUUUGGAGAAGUUUGUGAUGGCGCCGGCUCCGCAGGGCGUGACCGUCAAAUGCAGAGUGACUCGAGACCAGAGAGGGAUGGACAAGAGCCUCUACCCUCUGUACUACCUUCACCUCGACAACGAAAAGAAGACAUUCCUGUUGGCAGGAAGGAAAAGAAAGAAAUGCACAACGUCAAAUUACCUUAUCUCCAUUGAUGCCACAGAUUUAUCGAGAGGUGGAGAGAAUUUCGUUGGAAAGCUGAGGUCCAAUUUAAUGGGUACUAAAUUCACCGUAUUUGACAACGCUUUGAAUCCAGAGAGAGCUCUUCCAGAUAUGUCUAAUGCCCGGCAGGAGCUAGCAGGCAUCAUCUAUGAAACAAAUGUCUUAGGGAUGAAAGGACCCAGAAGGAUGACGAUCGUGAUUCCAGGAAUGGACAAGGACAAUGAACGAGUAGCUUUGCGACCAAGAAAUGAAUGUGACGGCUUGUUGAUAAGGCACCAGAAUAGAAGGAUGGAAAAUCUGAUCGAGCUUCACAACAAGACGCCAGUGUGGAACGAAGAAACUGCGUCUCAUGUGCUCAACUUCAAUGGCAGGGUCACCCAGGCCUCCAUCAAGAACUUCCAGGUAGUCCACAGCAAAGAUGUGGACUACAUUGUGAUGCAGUUCGGACGAAUAGCUGACGACAUUUUCACGCUGGACUUCAACUACCCGAUGUGUGCCGUGCAGGCCUUUGCCAUCGCCCUCUCCAGCUUUGAUGGCAAAAUCGCCUGUGAAUAACACAAAGAUCCCCAGUUGCUUCUCACACUGAAACCAGUAUUGAACACACCCACUACACAACAACUCUUUGGAAUCGCCUUUAACACUUCCUGUGAUAGGCGGUGAUAAUGAACGAUGGCUGCUUGAUGAUGACAAUACCUGCUGCUGCUGCGCUGCUGCCUUUUAUAGGCGUGUGAUUCCCUGUGGGAGCGAGAAACAAAAUUGGUCUCAUAUUAUCGUCUGAUCUUGCACGGCAUGGCACAGGA